AUGACAAAGAAGAGCGUCUUUGAUCUUCGUGAUUCGAACAUGGCCUAUCGCCUGUCUGGCCAGCUCCCCGGUCCAUCGCCUGUGUACGCUCCCAGCACAGCACCUUCUCAGACGACGACCACAACCUCAUUUCCUCCUGCAGAUUAUGCCCAGCCUUACUGUGACUUUAUGACUGCGCAUCCCACCAUCUUCCACGCCGUCGACGGUUUCACAAAGGAGCUCGAAAGCAAAGGUUACAAGCGCCUACCUGAGCGUGAGGCCUGGACGUCGAAGCUACAACGUGGUGGGAAGUACUAUUGCACCCGGAAUGGUAGUGCGUUUAUUGCAUUCUCUGUGGGAAAGGAUUACCAGAGUGGAAACGGCUUGGCUAUUGUGGCAGGCCACAUCGAUGCCUUGACCGCCAGAUUGAAGCCUGUCUCUAAGCUUCCUACCAAGGCUGGAUUCGUCCAGCUGGGUGUUGCGCCGUAUGCGGGCGGCCUCAAUGAGACAUGGUGGGAUCGCGACCUGUCAAUCGGCGGUCGUGUUUUGGUCCGGGACCCCACUUCCGGGAAGGUAGAGUCGAAAUUGGUCAAGCUGGACUGGCCAAUUGCUCGGAUUCCUACUCUGGCUCCUCAUUUCGGCGCUCCUUCGCAAGGGCCCUUCAACAAGGAGACGCAGAUGGUCCCUAUAGUUGGUAUCGACAACUCUGAUCUCUUCCAGCAGCAAGUGUCACCUACGGCCCACUCGAGUAGUGGUAUCAAGCCCGGGUCGUUUGCGGCAACCCAACCAGAGAGAUUGGUCAAGAUCAUUUCAAAGGAGCUGGGGAUCACCGAUUAUGAUACAAUUCUGAGCUGGGAGCUGGAGCUCUAUGAUAGUCAACCAGCUCGCCUUGGUGGCUUAGAGAAGGAUCUUAUCUUCGCAGGUCGCAUCGACGACAAGUUGUGCUGCUACGCCGCUCAGCAGGCGCUGCUGUCUUCUUCAGACGACACAUCGACUGGGUCAAUUAAGAUGGUUGGCAUGUUUGACGACGAGGAGAUAGGCAGCUUGUUGCGCCAGGGCGCCAGAUCCAACUUUAUGAGCAGCGUCGUUGAACGCAUCACGGAAGCCUUUGCAUCGUCCAACUACGGACCCAAUCUUCUCUCCCAGACCGUGGCCAACAGCUUCUUCGUUUCCUCAGAUGUCAUUCACGCUGUCAACCCUAACUUUCUGAGCGUCUACCUGGAGAACCAUGCCCCGCGCCUCAACGUGGGCGUGGCCGUCUCCGCCGAUUCGAACGGCCACAUGACGACUGAUAGUGUCAGUUACGGCUUCAUCAAGCGGGUUGCCGACCGAUGCGGUUCUACUUUGCAGGUGUUCCACAUCCGCAACGAUUCUCGCAGCGGAGGAACCAUCGGACCCAUGACCAGCGCUCGGAUCGGCAUGAGGGCUAUCGACGUAGGAAUCCCGCAACUGAGUAUGCAUAGCAUUCGCGCCACUACGGGUAGCUUAGAUCCUGGCCUGGGCGUUAAACUGUUCAAGGGCUUCUUUGACCACUUUGAGGACGUCGACAAGGAGUUUGCCGACUUUUAG